AGGAAGAAGUCAUGGGAGGAAAGCUAGCUACUUCGCAAAUUGUAGGAUUUUAUUGCGUUCCUAAUUAGAUUUUGGUGACCUGUGCUUGACACGCGGAGGAAAACCAAACCAAACGAUCCAACCAGGUGGUAGAAAAGAUGUCCUCAACUUAUAUGGAUUAAUCCACUGGGGCAGUUACAAUUGCUGCAUACAAGCAUUAUGGUGUACAGUUAAAGGCCUAUGAGUGUAGUGACAAUAGCCAACAGCGAUAAUAUGCAAUCAGUAAAGCAAGAGGUCGACUCCAGUGAGGCCAACAGUGGAGAGGAUAGCCUUGUCCUGGCUGUGGCAUUACAAGGGGCUAACAGAGACCUGUUAAGCCACAAAAUGUCUGCAAUUCCAUUCAAGGCCAAAACUACCUGUCGCAGGAAAAGGGAAUUUAUCCCAGAGGACAAAAAAGACACCCUUUACUGGGAGAGGCGUCGCAAAAACAAUGAGGCGGCCAAACGCUCCAGAGAGAAGCGGCGCUUAAAUGACAUAGUGCUUGAGAACAAGUUGAUGGCCCUCGGAGAGGAAAAUGCCUCCCUCAAGGCCGAGCUGCUGUCGUUAAAACUGAAGUUUGGCCUGGUGAGCUCGGCAGAAUAUGCCCAAGAAGUUCGGAAGUUAUCCAGCUCCACCACUGUCAACCUCUAUCAGGAGUUUGUUCCGCCCAGUGCUGGCCCACGUUCCAGCAGGGAUUUGGGGCCUCUUCGCCUACGCAACAGCUGUAUAUCAGUCAUUAAGCAUUUGCCUCACAUGCCCGAGACAUGUAUUGCAACUCAGGGGAGCCUCAGUAUCUGCAGGACUGCAGAGGUCAAGCAAGAACCAGCAGAGAAUGGCAGCUAUGCGCAGGAGAGGACUAGUCCCUAUGAACUCUUUAGAAACUACAUGGUCAGCCCUUUAUCUGGAGUCUACUCCCAGCCAGCUUCAUUCCUUCAGAUCACCAGGUCAUCCAGUAACUCCCCAAGGAGCUCAGAUGAUAGUGCUGUAAGCAAAUCAUCAGAUGGUGAGGAUGAGCAGCAGGUCCCCAAAGGACUGAUGCCAUCUUUAGCUGAUCCAAGAAGUGUCAUUGUCUCCACACACAAAGUGCCAGAUGUCAGUUCUUCAGCUUUGCCCCAUAAACUGCGGAUCAAAGCCAGAGCUAUCCAAAUCAAAGUGGAAGCCAUCGACCCUGAAUAUGAGUCUUCUGGAAAGUCGUCCUCUCCUGUCAGCAUUUCAGAGGGAGGAUACUACCAGACCAGUAAGGACUCAGAAUACACGCAGUCCUCUCCAUGCCCUUUGUCCUUACAGGUCACCAACAUGCAGGAAUGGAUCCACCGGUCUGAGAAGUGGCAUAAAAGCAGCACAGAGACACUAUAGAGUGGCUGCAAGAGUAGCAGACUAACCCCAAGCCUCAUCUCAAACAAAGCCGUUGAACAUGUAAAAGAAACAUCCUAUGCACACUCAGGUGCUGAGGACUUUAAACAGGGUUUUUGCUGAUCUGUCUGCAAAAGUGGCCUCUCUGAAAAGACUGAUCAAAGCACAGCAAAGAUCUGUGAUAGAGUCAACCAAAAGCACCACUAAUCAUCAUGAGUCAUUGUCAAAUGGAUGUUUGUCUUAAUGACCUUUUUAUGUUUUGCAUUUUCACUGUAUGCGCUGUUGCACUGUGUGGUUGAUUGUGGGUUUAACAAUGCUUCAAUUACCAGAAAUGUUCAAAUAAUGGGUGCUCAAUAAAAGAUGUCAGAGCAAGAACAAAGGCUUCAGGUUCAUUAUGAUGUUCAGUACAAUGUACUCAACCAUGCCUAACAGGCAAGCAUGCAUUAACAUCAAAUGAAAACAGGAGCAGAUCAGAAAACUGAGACUUUUUAUUUAAGUAUGAUCAAAUGUAGUUAUAAAAUAGGAAACUUAGAAGUAAAGGCUUGCCUCUUAAAUAAACCUGUUUCAAACAUAACACCAGGUUUUCACUGCAGAUGAGAUAGCCUAAAUAAAAGAUUUCUGGACACUAAGAAUAUCCAUUACAGUCUAAACUAAUGUGUGAUAGACAUAAUUCAUUUGUAGAACAUUAUGUGUUAAGAUUUUGUUUUUCUUUUACCAAACUAUUCAUUAUUGCUGUCAUCGGGUCUGCACAUCAGUAUAUAUCUACUGUCAAUGAACACUGUCCUACAACCACCAUCAUUUCAUGUUCAGCUCGGGGGCAGUUUGGCAAAUGUUGCCAAAGCUUGCAGCCUGGCCAUUCUUUGCCUUAAAACUGAAUUCAGUGAUUUUUUUAAUUAAUGUAGUAUGGUUAUUGUAGCCUUCUUAUGUUGAUGUGCUGACAGAAUUACAGUAGUUGGAGAUGCCCAUAGUUUAGCGCAGGCAUGUUGAACUGGGGCCGUGUGGCUGCAGGUUUUCAUUCCAACCAAGGAGGAGCACACCAGGCUGGAAUCAAUUAAUCAGCUGAUCUCAGUCUCCAGCUGAUAACUAAGUGAUCCCUUGAUGUUGAUUG